AUGUUACCCAGGCACGGCUUUGCUCCUUGUGUCCCCGCCGCCGCGCCGUCCGUCCCCAUGGUAACGGGGCAGGCCGCGCCCGGCGCCAUGGCGGCCGCCGGCAGCCCCAGCGUCUUCCUGCUGGCGGUCAACGGGCAGAUCGAGAGCGGGCAGUUCCCCGGGUUCGACGAUCUGUACUGCAAGUUCUGCUUCGUCUACGGCCAGGACUGGGUUCCCACCGCGGGCCUGGAGGAGGGCAUCUCCCAGAUCACCUCCAAGAGCGACGUCUCGCCCACCACACUCGUCUGGAACUUCCCCAUUGACAUUACCUUCAAGAGCACCAACCCAUCCGGCUGGCCGCAGAUUGUCGUCAGCGUCUACGGACCUGACUUCUUUGGAAACGAUGUGGUCAGAGGUUAUGGAGCUGUUCACGUUCCCUUCACACCCGGAAGGCAUACAAGAACCAUUGCUAUGUUUGUUCCAGAGUCUACAUCUAGGCUGCAGAAGUUUACAAGCUGGUUCACAGGGAGACGUCCGGAAUUUACUGACCCCAGAGUGGUGGCACAGGGAGAGGGAAGAGAAGUAACAAGGGUGCGAUCUCAAGGCUUUGUGACCAUUUCCUUCAACGUAGUGACCAAAGAUAUGAAGAAGCUGGGCUACGACGUGAGCCCAGGCGACAUGCAGAACCCUUCUCUGGUGCCUGUUAUGGAAGGGAUUCAUAAGUAUUGAACUCAGGCAUAAGAUGUUCAAUGGCUCACCGAGAUGUUAAGUACUUCAGGGCUUUUUGUGGCAAAGAGAAAUGAGUAUCUGACUAAACUGAGAAAAUUUCACUUUAUUCCAAAAGAAACACAAGCCCAGGAGGCUUUGGAAUAAUUAGCUAAGUAUAAUCCUUUCAGUAAGCAGGUUGAAGGAUUAUGUAAAUUAAUGUCAUGAGAUAACAUUUAGCAUUUUUAUGAGUAAUAUUAGACUGUCUCAAAGUAAGACCUGUAACAAAAUAUUUUUUAUAACAGCCUUUUGUAGACUCUUUAUAUACUUAAAAAAUAGGAAAGUUCAUACUUGUAGCUGGUUUUGUGUGUUUAAAACAUCAUUGCAAACCCAGUUCUUACAUAUAUUAUAUAAUUAUAAAAGAAAUAUUAUAAUUAUAUAAUGGUUUUUGUGGUAGAAAUGGGAAACUGAAAUUAUUACACCUUCCAAAAAGGAGGGAAUAUGGAACUGUCCCAGUGAAAUGCACACAUACUUCUCUGUGCCACGCACUUCCCUCUGCAAAAGCAACAGCAGUUUUCUUUAUAAUCCCACAUAGUCCUUUAGAGUGUGUGCAGCUAGUUCAAAUAGCUGCAGAAACAAACCUUUCCAUGUUUUCCAGUGAAGCAACCUUUACAUUUAGAACAACAUGAUGACUCUUCCAUUUCCAGAUUUUAUUCCUGCAUUAAACUUCAGGAAGGAGG